ACAUCUCCAUUUCCUUCAAGGUGGUAAUCUUUUGCUUUUGUUCUUUAAGUUCUGCUUUAUUCGUAAUUGUUCCCCAAUCGCUUUGGGGCUUGCAUAAACAGUUAACAAAAACACGGCACACGAGACAGCCGUUUCGCUUUCUGUGCUUGUUGUUCUUGGCACUGGGUCAGUUCUAUGAACUUCUGGUGUCCAACUGGUAGGACCUGAAACUCUGUGUUUAACAAGUGCCCGUAGUCAAAACAGUUGGCGUGUGCAAGCCGGGCUCGCUGCUGCUGCCGCAGCUGAUCACCGCGGGUCCGGACGGUGCAGGGCGCCGGACCGUGCUGCUCGGUUUCAGGGGUGGGUUUUUGUUGUUUAGCUGUUGUUGUUUGUUUUUUUUUUUCCUUUUUUCUUUUUGCGAUGGCAUCCGUGCUAAUGUGGAUCUCUUCAGGUUCCAAAAGUACAACAUGUUUACAGUCGUCGUAGAAUCAGAUUAAGUUGGCAGCCCGAGUCUCUCUAGAGAAGACACGGGUCAAUGUGUAGGCCUUCUCCCUCUCCGGCAUCUCCACCCUCCAAUUCCAGGACAUCGUUAGUACAGGUGAAAACUAAAGCCUGUCUCAGCGGCCAGAACUCUGCCAGCAGCACCUCAAAGCCAUUCAAAACGCCCAAAGACAAUCUCCUUACCUCCAGCAGCAAACAGCACACGGUCUUUUCUGCAAAAGGAUCAAGGGACAAACCAUGCGUUCCGGUUCCUGUAGUCAGUUUAGAGAAAAUCCCUAACCUAGUGAAGGCAGAUGGUGCCAAUGUCAAAAUGAACUCUACAACCACUACCGUGGUCACCUCCUGCUCCAUGUCAUCCUCUGCUGUCUCCACCCCACCUUUAAUUAAGCCAGUCUUGAUGUCCAAGUCAGUGCCACCUUCCCCAGAGAAGAUCUUAAAUGGCAAAGGAAUUCUGUCUGCCACAAUAGACAAGAAGCACCAAAAUGGCACCAAAAACAACAACAAGCCUUACAGGAGACUUUCAGAGAGAGAAUUUGACCCAAAUAAACACUGUGGAGUGUUGGAUCCCGAGACAAAGAAACCUUGCACAAGAUCCCUCACCUGCAAGACACAUUCGCUAAGCCAUCGGAGGGCAGUCCCGGGCCGGAAAAAGCAAUUUGACCUCCUUCUGGCGGAACACAAAGCCAAGUCCCGGGAAAAAGAAGUCAAAGAUAAAGAGCAUCUCCUGACAUCAGCAAGGGAAGUGUUUCCAAACCAACCCGGGCCGGCGCAGGACACUCUGCCAGGACCUUCAGGGAGUUCUGGGCCAGAACCGAAAGUCGCCUCCCCUGCAAAAUCCAGGCCACCUAACUCUGUGCUUCCUAGACCGUCUUCUGCAAAUAGCAUCAGCAGCAGCACAUCUUCAAACCACAGCGGCUACGGCCCGGAGCCCCCCCUGCCCCCCGCCGGAGGGGACCUCACCAGCCGGCUGUCGAGUGAUGAAGGGGAGAUGGAUGGAGCUGACGAACCCGAGAAGUUAGACUGUCAUUUCUCUACCCACCACCCCAGACCUCUUGCGUUUUGCUCAUUCGGGAGUCGCCUCAUGGGACGAGGGUACUAUGUGUUUGAUAGAAGAUGGGAUCGUUUUCGAUUCGCACUAAACUCCAUGGUAGAAAAACACUUGAAUUCACAGAUGUGGAAGCACAGAAACCCGAGCCCCAGGGCGUCAGGUCCCUCCCCCCUUUUCAGGACUUGCCUAACCAAUCUGCUGUCACUGAGCAACAUUGGGGCUGCCUGGGUGUCAACUCUGGAGAGCGUAGCACCCCGCUGCCCUCUCAGCCUCGCUGCCCCAACCCCAGGCCCCGACGGGCCCGAACCUGGAGGCAUGGCAGCCGAUGGGGGCGUGGAAGACAUUAGGAAGAAAAGGAACGGCCAAGACUCUUUUUUCUUUAACAAGCAUUUAACUCUGCAUCAGGAGACGCCAACACAGUAUUCUCUUUCAGCCAGGAAGAUCCCUCCUGCGGCAGAUAGCCCCAUGCCCUCGCCAGCAGCCCACAUCACCACCCCAGUUCCAGCAUCCGUUUCCCAGCCUUUCAACAACCCCAGUGCCGUGUAUCUUCCUUCAGCUCCCAUCAGCUCGAGACUCACCUCUUCCUACAUAAUGACAUCAGCCAUGCUCUCAAACGCACCUUUUGUGGCGUCGCCGGACCCGAGUGCCCUCAUGUCACACACCACAGCUUUCCCCCAUGUGGCUGCAACCCUCAGCAUCAUGGACUCAACCUUCAAGGCCCCACCCGCCGUGUCCCCGAUACCAGCCGUCAUCCCUUCCCCAUCCCACAAGCCAUCCAAAACCAAAACCAGCAAAUCCUCAAAAGUCAAAGACCUGUCCGCCCGUAGCGACGAGUCUCCAAGUAACAAAAAGAGGAAGCCGCAGCCUUCGACUUCCUCCUCCUCCUCCUCCUCCUCCUCAUUAACCCUGCCGACAUCCCUCUCGUCUCCAUUGUCAGGGCCCCACAGAAAGAACUGUGUCUUGAAUGCCAGUUCAGCCUUGAACUCCUAUCAGGCGGCCCCUCCCUAUAACAGUCUGUCUGUGCACAACUCAAACAAUGGGGUGAGCCCACUCAGUGCCAAACUGGAGCCCUCAGGACGGACCUCGCUGCCCGGCGGCCCCGCGGACAUAGUGAGACACGUGGGCUCGGUGGGCGGCAGCAGUGACUCCUGUCCCCUCUCUGUGCCCUCCCUUGCAGGGGACCUCUCUCUGGCCUCACACAAUGCCGUGUCUUCGCUGCCCCUCUCUUUUGACAAAUCAGAAGGAAAAAAGCGUAAGAACUCGAGUUCUAGUAGCAAAGCCUGUAAAAUCACUAAAAUGCCUGGUAUGAAUAGCGUUCACAAAAAGAACCCUCCCAGCCUUCUCGCACCGGUGCCCGAUCCCGUUAACAGCGCCUCCUCUCGGCAGGUCGGGAAAAAUAGCAGCCUAGCUUUGUCACAAUCCAGUCCUUCAAGCAUAUCCAGCCCAGGACACAGCCGACCGAAGACCACAAACCGAACGGGCAGGAUAAGGACUCUUCCAUAACAAGACUGUGAAGCCACUUGGAAACCAAUGCCUGGCCACCUGGCCAAGGUGGGAGGAGGAGGGAGGGGAGCGCGCAGCCGGGGAGAGUCUGUUUCCUGCGCCGUGACUGUGGCUCGGGCCGUUCUUCUUCCUUUUUUAAUUGACCAGUUUUUAGUUUUGAAGAAAGAGCAAAAGGCAAAAGAACGUGAAUUUAAGAUUUACAGAAAACAAUACCAGUGUUCUGUUUGGGUUCUUUCAUUUGCCUUGUGUAUACGUUCUUCCAAGUUCGGGGUCGCCCCUCUAGCUUCCCAUGCUGCUACUGCACCAUCAUUUCGCUCCAGCCAUGAGCGCAGACAUGGCCCAAUGUCCGCUCCCGGUUGGCGUUGUCUGAAACUCUUGAACUUGAGCACGUGGUGCUCCUUUCCUCGACCUCUCCCACCCAUCCCUUGCGUCCCCUCCCACCUGCCGCUCACCGGGUCCUCACUGGCCAUGCAGAAGGAGCCGGCUCCCCCUUGGACAGUGUGCCGGGAGUGGGGCUUUCCUGGGGAAGAGCCUGUGUUUGGGGCGCUGAGAGCAGGGAGCCCCGUGAGGGCUGAGCGCGCUCAUCAGGGUUCUGUGCCACACCAGCACUGUGGGAGCCAGAUGCUAUGAGCAAAACCGAGAAGGUGGCCGUUGAACUAUGUCGUUUAGCCGAUACCACUGUCCAGCUGUGCAGCUCAGAGAGGAGCUACAGGGUCAGGGACAGGGGCUGUAAUGGGCCUGGAAGGUGACAAGAAGCAGAGCUUCUGCGUAGGGGAAGAUACCUGUCAAAAGACAGAGGAAAGCCAGUGACUGAUAAUACGAGGUUGUUAGGCAUCUGUGCAGCGGAAUCCCUUCCAGGGUGUGGGUCUACAAGGAUGCCAAAGCCAGGCGAACCAGAGGCGGAGAAAUCCCAGGAAGGAGGGCAGGAGACCCAAGGAGGUCCCUCAGGGCUUGAGACACAACUUCCAUGGUGCAAGUUCUUAAGCUGCCUUCCAGGGCUAGGCAAGAGGAGUAGAAGCAGGGCUGGGCGUGCAGGAAGGGUCUGAGGACAAACUUCCAUGAAGGGUUAAGCAAUAGACACCUGGGAGAAUAAGUAACUUCUAGCCCUGCCCUCCCGCCUCGGAGCCCCCAGCCCCAGGGUCCCAGGCAGUCCGCACACCCAUCAGUCAGCUUGUGCUAGGCUAUCCCAAGCCCCAGCCCGGACACAGCCACCCCAGGGAGGUAUGGUCAGCCCAGCUACCUACCCCUUAAUGCAGAACUGUCUGGAAGUGUGGGAAGAGAAAAGCUAGAGCCCCACAGCUCUGCAACUGUUCACACUGGAGUUUUAAAAGAAAUAGCAAUAACCACAAGCUGUACUAUGGAAUGGUAAUCAGGAAAGGAAUUCACAAUAUGAUAUAGGCAUCCUGUGCUAUUAAUCAUGAAAUUUUGUAUACGAUAUAUUAGCAAGAGAGACCAGGAAGUUUUGCUUCAUCCCUAAAUCAGAAAUGAAUGCCAGUUUCGCAGCUGGACCCAAACCUUCAUCCCAACCCCGAUGUUUCCCUUUUCCUUCCCAUCCCCACAACCCAAAGAUCAGACUACUGUUACGUUUCACCACAUUGGAUUUUGCGAAGACGGGAGGCAAAUGGAGUGAUUUGUAUCAAUGGAAUUGCACUGACCAUGUUUCUUAUAGGAUUCCUAAAAUUUUUAAUAUAAAAUGAAGAUUUUUUUAAAAAUCAGGAGUUGAUAUUAGGUACCAGGACAUUAGUUCAGAUGAUUUCAUUUUUAUUUCUACAGUGUUAAAAGUGCACUUAUAUGCCGGUUUAUUUACAUCUUGAGAAAAAGAGACUACAAAUUGAAGGGAAGAUGGUUACUUUUUCUUUUUAAAAAAAAAAUUAAGGCAGAUUUUAAGACUUAUAAAAUGUUUAAGAAAUUAUAAACAGGUUAGACCCUUUGGAAAAAAAGUUUAGAAGAUAUUCUUAAAGUAAAUUUUUAUAGUGUUAAUUUUGUAAUAAUUUAUGUUUUACUAUAUUACAGAGCUAACUGACCAGAAUAGUUUCAGAAACAAUAUGAAACGUAGGAAAGUUUAAGCAAUGUUUAUAUUUUUAAAAUGUUCUUUGAAUUAUGUUUUUAUUGUACAUUUCUUCAGACGGAAAAGUAUGUACAUAUCUUUGUUAUUUUUGCACAAAUUUUGUCUCGUUCGGUUUUAGAAGUCUGUUUUUUUUAUAAUUUAUUUUAAGUUGUAAAACUUGCAGGAGUAAAAAACAAAAAAAAUAACAAAAAAAUCUCAGCAACAAAAUAACCCUCUGAUUUAUAAACUCUUAAACUCAAAAGAGGGAAAACAAUGGUUGAGAGAUUAAGUGGCUGCUUCUGAGAAAUAAUGUCUCGACAGGGACGAAAGGAGCAAUUCAGUAGGCUUAAACAUUUUAGCUGUCUGCGUCUUGAAUUGCAAGCUGGAAUAAAGAGGCUCCCCACCGAAUGCUGCUUACUUGGUGAAAGACUGGCUCUGACCAAGGUGAGGACAUUUCUGGAAAACUGAGCAAAAAGGGAAAACCCACGGUGUUUCUUCCUUCACAGUCAACCACAGGUUUACUUUAUAAUGAUGUAUUAAAAACUUACAGCUUGAAAAAUGGAAUGCAAAUAAAAGGUUUUCUUUGGGUUUGUUUUAACGGAGUUCGACUGGACCAGCCUAUAAAGCAUUACUAGGGUGAGACCCUUUGGGUACUUCUGUUCUGCGCAUCCCGCCCCAGCCCCUUGACCACACACACACACACACACACACACGCACACACACCAUGCCCCCCUUCAUUUGCCUGAAGAUCUCAUGACUUGUCGUCAGCCAUAGAGGCUCGAAAGCUCUGGUUGUUAAGCAUAACACAAUGCAUAGACCUGUCAGCCAUAAAAAAAAAGAAAAAAAAAAGCGACUUGGAUAACUUGUAUGCCUUCUUUUGUAUCAAUGUACCAAUUGUAAAUAACGCUGAUCAACCUUUGUAGAGAAUAGUUUCUACAGCAUAUUCUAUUAUUGCUGAUUCUCAGUGAACUCUUGUUUUAAAAAA